AUGGAGAACAAUGAAAAUACGUUUACCUUCAGUACAUCGGGAGUUCAUGAUACCCAUCGCCUUGGAAGAGAUACCAGUGUCGGGGUGGACCUGCUUCAGGACUGCAAGAAGGGCUCUAAGAAAGCCGUGACUAAGACUGCUGGCAAAGGAGGAAAGAAACGCAGAAAGUCCAGGAAGGAGAGCUAUGCCAUCUACGUGUACAAGGUCCUGAAGCAGGUCCAUCCUGACACCGGUAUCUCUUCCAAGGCCAUGGGCAUUAUGAACUCCUUCGUGAACGACAUCUUUGAGCGCAUUGCUGGAGAGGCUUCCCGCUUGGCUCACUACAAUAAGCGCUCCACCAUCUCUUCCAGGGAGAUCCAGACGGCAGUGCGUCUGCUUCUGCCCGGUGAGCUGGCCAAGCACGCUGUGUCCGAGGGAACCAAGGCCGUCACCAAGUAUACCAGCUCCAAGUAAAGCCGGAUUUUGAACGCGCUUUAAUCCAAAGGCUCUUUUAAGAGCCACCCAUGUUCUC